AUGAAUCUCCUAAGUUGGAACUGUCGGGGGUUAAAUAAUUCCCGUACAGUUCGAGAACUCCGGCAUAUUGUCCGGAGAGAAAAAAUUGAUAUUGUUUUCCUGGUAGAAACUAAGUGUUCUAGUAGGGCCGUUGACAAACUGAAAGUGCAAUUUGGAUGGUUUGGAAUGGGAGUAGAUGCCAAGGGUCUCUUUGGUGGUCUAGCUCUCUUAUGGAGAAAGGACAUCGACAUAUCUUUGAAUCGGUUCUCUAGUAGCUUCAUUGAUGUCACCGUACGAACCGAUGGUUCCCCUUGGCGCCUUACCGGUUUUUAUGGGCAUCCUGAAGCUGCUAAAAGGAAGUUGUCAUGGGACCUGUUACGCACUCUCAGUGGUCAAUCUACACUCCCAUGGGUGUGUAUGGGUGACUUUAAUGAGGUGCUAAAUCAAUGUGAAUUUCACAGCAGAACUGGCCUGAGGCAGAACUGGCAAAUCAUGAAUUUUCGAAAGGUACUGUCAGACUGCCAUCUUUAUGACUUAGGUUGUAAAGGGUUUCAGUUCACUUGGUGUCAUGGUCAACAUACACCGAACACGAUCCGGGCCAGAUUGAAUCGUGCAUGCGCUACUCAGGAGGCGGUUGAUCUGUUUCCAGGAGUUGAGGUAUCCCAUGUUCAUGCCUUAUACUCAGAUCACACCCCCAUUGUCGUGAAUCUGUCAAAAUCAGCUCGUCUCUCCCAGCACCCAAAACCAUCUGCACGAAGGAGGAAGUGCUUUAUGUUUGAGGCUAUGUGGAUAAAAGCUACUGACUGUGCUGAUAUCAUCAAGCAAACAUGGGAUAGUGUUUCAGCUACUAAUGCGGGUGAUAAUCUGCUGUCUAAAAUGGAUGCAUGUCGUAUCGGCCUUUUGACCUGGAGUAAGCAGAAGUAUGGGAAUUGUUGCAGAAGAGCUGAUGAACUAAGGGCCAAGAUUGCUCAGUUGCAAUAG